UCGCACACCGCGCCCGGGGGAUGGCACGGAUCGCUCACUGUGCCAGGGGGCAGCCGGGACUCACUCACUGUGCCAGGGGGCAGCCGGGACUCACUCACUGUGGCCCGGCGGUACCCAGGACUCUCAGCCACCUGUUGCUGGUGCUGUGCCUGCUGACUAUCGCCUCUGCCCAGGAACUGCUCACUAAUGGCGUAAAUGGCUACAGCCUGCACCCCCCAUACUUCAACUUGGCAGAGGGCACCCGGAUCUCGGCCACGGCCACCUGCGGGGAGGGCGAGGAUGGCAGAGCCAUGGAGGAGCUUUACUGCAAGCUGGUCGGGGGGCCAGUGUCCGGAGACCCUUCGCAGACCAUCCAGGGACAGUACUGUGACAUCUGUAUGGCUCACAGCAGAGAGAAGGCUCACCCAAUCACCAACGCCAUCGAUGGAACGGAACGUUGGUGGCAAAGUCCCCCAUUGUCUCGCGGAUUGGAGAACAACGAGGUCAACGUUACCCUGGACCUGGGCCAGGUUUUCCAUGUCGCCUACGUGUGGAUCAAGUUUGCCAACUCCCCGCGCCCGGAUUUAUGGGUACUUGAGAGGUCCACAGAUUAUGGGGCCACGUACCAGCCCUGGCAGUACUUUGCCUCUUCUAAGAGGGACUGUAUUGAGGUCUUUGGGCGUCACGCAAUAGACAGGAUCAUCAAUGACGAUGAUGUCAUAUGUACGACAGAGUAUUCCCGCAUCGUGCCUUUGGAGAACGGAGAGGUGGUGGUGUCCUUGGUCAUCGGACGUCCGGGUUCCAUGAAUUUCACCUACUCUCCCGUGCUGAGGAACUUCACCAAGGCCACGCACAUCCGUCUGAGGUUCCUGAGGACCAACACUUUACUGGGACAUCUCAUGGGCAAGACCCUGAGGGAUCCCACCGUGACCCGCAGGUAUUAUUACAGCAUUAAGGACAUUAGUAUCGGCGGGCGCUGCGUGUGUAACGGGCACGCCGAGGUGUGCAACGCCAGGGACCCCGUCAACCCGUACAGGCUCCAGUGCGUCUGCCAGCACAACACAUGCGGACCGUCCUGCGACAGCUGCUGUCCGGGGUACCACCAGUUACCAUGGAAACCAGCCACCAUGGAUAAUGCUAACGAAUGCGAACCGUGUAACUGUAACGGACACGCGCAUGACUGUUACUACGACGCGGACGUCGACCAACGCAGGGCCAGCAUGAAUCGCCAAGGACAGUACCUGGGAGGAGGCGUGUGCGUAGAUUGCCAGCACAACACAGAUGGCGUUAACUGUGAACGUUGUCGAUUAGGAUACUACAAAUCUCCUGACCACCCGACCGAUUCUCCUUAUACCUGCCAGAGGUGUAACUGUGAGUCGGAGUACAUGGACGGGACGUGCGAGGAUCUGACGGGAAGGUGUUACUGCAAACCCAACUACACCGGAGAGGACUGCAGGUCAUGCGCUGAAGGAUACACGGACUUCCCGGAGUGUUACCCUGUCCCUGACGCUCCGAGCGGGAACACCGGGGAACAAAUUCUUCCAGCUGGAGAGAUCAUUAACUGCGAUUGCUACGUUGCCGGGACCGCUGGAAACGCCUGCCGCAAGGACCCUGUUAUAGGAGCUUGUGUCUGCAAACCCAAUUUCCGGGGGGAAGCUUGUGAUAUGUGUGCUCCGCGGUACUUUGGCCCCAACUGCCAAGAAUGCUCGUGCACCGGACCUGGCGUGUACGACGGCAGCUGUGACAAGGACAGCGGGCAGUGUGUGUGUCGGGACGGCUUCGAAGGGUUCUACUGUGAUGGAUGUUCUCCCGGCUUCUUUAAUUAUCCCCUCUGCCAACUGUGCGGCUGCAGCCCCGACGGCACGCUACCAGAAGGCUGCGACGCCAACGGCCGUUGCUUUUGCAAACCCGAGUAUGACGGUCCACGGUGUGAGCAGUGCAUCGUGGGAUAUUACUCUUACCCCCAUUGCCAAGCGUGUUCCUGCGACCCUCGAGGUUCUGUGGACAAUAACUGCACCCCGACAGGUCAUUGCCGGUGCCACCCCAGUUACGCGGGACCCACCUGCAAUCAGUGCUCGCCUGGAUUUUACGGCUUCCCAAGCUGCACACCUUGUCACUGUUCUCAGGAGGGGUCUUUGCACAGCAUUUGCGACCCCCUGAGCGGGCAGUGUCGGUGCCGUCACGGAGUCGCUGGCCUGAAGUGUGACACAUGCGCAAUCGGAACGUACGGCUUCCCCAACUGUGAAGUGGGUCCUUGUAACCCUUCAGGCUCAUCGUCCGUCAGCACGAAUCCUUCAGAGGGGUCCUGUGAGUGUCGGGAACACGUGGAAGGGGCGUCGUGUGAAAAAUGCAAACCCCUCUAUUGGAACCUGGUUCCCGAAAACCCGCAGGGCUGCACAAGAUGUCGCUGUGGCUUCGAAGGCACCAUAAACGGGGUGGAGGAAUGCCAGCAGGUGACCGGUCAGUGCUUCUGCAAACCCAACAUCUGCAGCCGAAACUGCAACCGAUGCAAGGAAGGAUUUUACAAUCUGGAGCCCAACAGUUACUUUGGGUGUCAGGGGUGCCAGUGUGACAUUGGUGGCUCCAUUGGCUUGGCGUGCCACGAGAAGAACGGUGACUGCCAGUGCCGGGAUAAUGUGGAAGGUCCACGAUGUAACCAACCCACACAUGGCUUUUUCUUCCCUGACCUCCAUCACCUGAAGUACGAGGUGGAAGACGGUGUGGCUGCCGAUGGAAGACCGGUUCGUUUUGGCUACAACCCACUGGAGUUUGAGAAUUUCAGCUGGCGAGGAUAUGCCCAAAUGUCCCCCAUACAGCCCAAGGUUGUGUUGACCAUCAACGUCACCUCGCCUGACCUCUUCAGAGUUGUCCUACGAUACGUGAACCGCGGAUCGGACAGCGUGACGGGAAAAGUGUCAUUCAGGGAGGACAGAAAGUCCAACGCUUGUGCAAACUGCUCUGAGCAAAGCAAAACAAUAACUUUCCCUCCGAGUCCCGAACCAUCCUUCGUCACGGUCCCACAAGGCAGCUUUGGGGAGCCUUUUGUCCUGAACCCCAACAUGUGGUCGGUGACGAUUGAGGUGGAAGAUGUUCUCCUGGACUAUCUGGUUCUCCUACCCAGCGCAUACUACGAAGCCCCGAUUCUGCAGAUGAAAGUCACCGAGCCUUGUACCUACCUGCCCGCAGCAGAGCAGAGCUCUCAGAACUGCCUCAUGUACAAAUACCUCACCCUGGAUGGAUUUCCAUCUUCUAAAGCAAGUGAGGGCAUUUGCCACUUGGAUAACAAUCUGCCAAGACCUUGCCAAGCUGAACAGAUCACUCCCCGUCACCCGCCCAUGGUGAUGUGCUAUGGAAGUGACGUUGAUGUCCAGUUCCGCAUGCCGGUCCCUCACCCGGGCAGGUAUGUGCUUCUUGUGGAAUAUUCCAACGAGGAAGACAUGCAGAACGUUAGUAUUGUGGUCAACUCGGCCCAGCGUCCUCCCCAGCACGCGACUUUUACUUUCUACCCCUGCAAAUUCAGUUUUCUGUGCCGCGGGGUGGCUUUAGAUUCUCUUCACAGAGCGGCCACUUUUGACCUCAGCACCGAAGCCAACAUCCGCUUUACGGCAGAUCGGACGCGAUUCCAUCUGGCAAAGAUCUACUUGAUCCCAAGGGAUCAGUUUACCAUGGAAUACAUUGAGCCGCGAGUUCAUUGCAUCUCAGCUCACGGGUCCUUCUCUCCAAGCAGUGGGUCCUGCGUUCCCUCAAGGUUCCAGAAACCUUCGCAGUCGGUGGUCCUCACAGGGGGGAACGUUGGCUCAGUUCCGUCCAAUGUUCCUCUGUCUCAGGGAUUCCUCACACCCUCAGCAGAUGGUCAAAAGGUCCAUCCUUCACCAGGCCAUCUGCCACCUACAGCUGUAGAUGCUACCAAGCUGGUCCGUCUGCAAAGUCCACAGUCGGUGGUGGGAUAUAACGGCCGUGUUCAGUCCCCGGGUCGUUAUGCCAUUGUGAUUCACUAUUAUCAGCCAUCUCACCCAACCUUUACUAUUGAGGUGCUUGUCCAUGGGGGCCGCGUCUGGCAAGGUUCAGCUAAUGCCACAUAUUGCCCCCACGGUUAUGGCUGCCGCAGCUUGGUGGUAUCUGAGAAUCAGGUUGUUCUGGACAUGUCUGAUAACGACCUGACUGUGACCGUCCGUGUCCCGGACGGGAAGAUAAUCUGGCUGGAAUAUGUUUUGGUGAUUCCAGAGGACAGUUACAGCUCCAGUUAUCUGGUGGAGGAACCUCUGGACAAAUCUUACAGUUUUAUCAGUCGGUGCGGAGCCAACAGUUUCCAGAGCAGCCCGGCACCCUCAAAAUUUUGCCGAGACGCGGCUAUCUCGCUGUCUCUUUUCUACAAUAAUGGCGCCCAGCCUUGCCACUGCCAUGAAGUUGGAGCCCUGGGCACAGCUUGCGAGCCGUACGGGGGACAGUGCUCGUGUCGACCCCAUGUGAUUGGAAGAGAUUGUUCGCGGUGCGCCACGGGAUACUGGGGAUUCCCUAACUGCCGACCCUGCGAGUGCGGCUCUCGUCUGUGCAAUGAAGUCACCGGACAGUGCAUCUGCCCCCCUCGCACCAUCAAGCCAGAGUGCACGGCGUGCCAGCCGCAGACAUUUGGAUGCCAUGCUUUGAUUGGCUGCGAGGAGUGCGACUGCUCCAAGGUCGGUUUACAGAACACCACGGAGCCGGGAUGCGACGUCCGGACCGGGCAGUGCACGUGUAAAGAAAACAUCAUGGGUAGAAGGUGUGAGAAAUGUGCCACUGGUUAUUAUGGAUACCCCAACUGCAAGCCUUGUGACUGUAACAGGUCGGGCACAGAGCCCAGUGUUUGCGACCCCAUCUCUGGCCAGUGUCACUGCAAGGAAAACGUAGAGGGUACGACCUGUGACCGCUGCCGCCUGGGGACCUUCUACUUGGACCCUGAAAAUCCCAAGGGCUGCACCAGAUGUUUCUGUUUUGGGGCCACCGAUCGAUGCCACACAGCAUCAAAAUAUCGAGCAGAGUUCAGUGACAUGAAUGGCUGGGUCCUGGUAGGUGGAGAUCGUCAAGAAGUGGAGACCUCUGUGCAGCUGAAUGAGGGUCUUGUUGAGGCGGAUCUUUCAGAUGUUCCUGAUGUGUAUCAGGAGUUUUAUUGGAUUUCCCCAUCUUCUUACCUCGGUGACCGGGUGUCCUCCUAUGGCGGGCUGCUCCGAUAUGAGCUUCACUCUGAGGCACUCAGAGGCGACCCUCUCUAUGUCCCUGUGGAAAGACGGGCCGAUGUCAUCUUAAAGGGAAACCAAAUGACUAUCGCCUUCCUGGAGGCCAAGUACCCAGCGCCCGGGGAGAACCACCAAGGACAAGUACAUCUCCUGGAGGGUAACUUCAUUCACACACAGACUUAUAACCCAGUAUCUCGUGAAGACCUGAUGAUGGUUCUAGCCAAUCUAGAGCAGCUCCAGAUUCGAGCGCUGAACUCCCAGUCUUCUUCCGCUGUGUCUUUGAGAAGAGUUGUCCUGGAGAUUGGACAAGGGACGAGUGGUAGAGAUCGAGCCAACAAUGUAGAGCUCUGCAUGUGCCCAGCCAACUAUAGAGGGGACUCCUGCCAGGAAUGUGCUCCUGGGUUCUACAGAGACACCAAAGGCUUAUUCUUGGGAAAAUGUGUCCCCUGUAACUGCAGUGGACAUUCUGACCAGUGUUUGCCUGGCACCGGAGGCUGCGUGAAAUGCCAGCACAAUACAGAGGGGGAGCGGUGCGAGAGAUGCAAGGAAGGAUUUGUUGCUAACCGGACAGCAGACGGAUCCCUGCAGUGUAUUGCUUGCCCGUGUCCCUUGUCUGUGCACUCGAACAACUUUGCCAUCGGAUGCGUCCAGAGAGGCUUCGCCACCCAGUGUCUGUGUAAACCGGGCUAUGCGGGCGCCAGCUGCGAGCGCUGCGCGCCUGGUUACUAUGGCAACCCUAUGGUGAUCGGGAGCUCCUGCCGGCCGUGCGAGUGUAACGGGAACACGGAUUCCAACAUGCUGUUUAGCGACUGCGACCCACUCUCCGGCGCAUGCUCCAACUGCAUGUUCAAUACCGCGGGGCCGCGCUGCGAGGUGUGUGCGCCCGGUUACCACGGAGACGCCAUUGCCGCCAAAAACUGCACCAAAUGCGAUUGUUCUGCUUGUGGGACGGAGUCAUGUGACCCACGGACAGGAAGAUGUCAGUGCAAACCCGGCGUGACCGGUGCACGCUGCGACCACUGUGAGCCUGGUUACUACGGCUUCGAUGGGUGUAAUGGAUGCCAGAGAUGUAGCUGUGGUGCCGGCUCAGCAGAUACGACUUGUGAUGCUGGAACUGGUCAAUGUCGGUGUCUCCCAGGGGUCACCGGUCCUCGUUGCCAGCAGUGUGCCCCUGGAUACUGGGGCUUCGGUCCUAGCGGAUGCCUAAAAUGCAGCUGUAAAGGGGGCUCCUGUGACCCCCGGUCCGGAGAAUGCCAGUGCAGCGACGGGCUUACAGGGAAGCAGUGUGACACCUGCAGCCGCCCGCACGAGAUCCCCGUCGUUCAUGAGUCAGAGAGCAUGAAAUGCGAACCUUGUGACAGUUGUGUGGUGACCCUUUUGGAAGACCUACAGAGAAUGGGAGAUUUUAUACCCAUUGUCCGGGACCAGCUCACCAAUCUGAGUGUAAGCUCCAUCGCAUGGACCCGUCUCGGAAGCCUCAACAAUUCCAUCGCCAACAUCACGGACCUGUGGCUUCAGUAUCAGGGCCAGGUUAAUGGAAUAAAAGAUAAAGCCGAUGACCUGGAAGAUGACAGCAUUAGCCUUUCUCAGGAUCUUGAUGCUUUGCAAGACAAGAUGAAUAUGACCAAAAAAACAGCCAAUGCCGUGCAAAUAGCAACGAAAGCUACCAACCAAAAGGCCAAAGAUCUUAAAAGCAAAGUGAAGUCUCUCCAUAAUAUAUCUCUGGGGUUGAUCGAUCAGCUGAAGCGAAUCGGACAGUCGAACAGUAGCAACGUGACCUCCACGGAAGAGUUUAUACGAAUCAUUAUGGAGGUGGAGUCCAUGAUGAGAGAGAUGAGAGCAAAAGAUUUCAAACACCCCUCGGACUUGGCUGAGAAGGAGCUUGAUUUGGCCAGAAAACUGCUGGAUCGGGUUAAGGCCGAGCUGGUAAAAGCUCUUCAGACCAACCAGGAGCUGCUGAGUGAGACCAAGAGGCGCCUGGACACUUACAACUCCGAGGUGAUGGAUCUAAGAGAUGCUCUGAAUGAGGCGGUCAAUAAAACCCGUCAGACUGAAGACCUCAACACCCUUAACCAGAAUAACCUGGAGGAGAACACACUGAAAAUCAACGACCUCCAGAAGCAGCACAGAGAGAUGGUUGCGGCUUUGAAGAUGGCGGAAGAUUCUCUGGUCCAGGUCUCCGAUCUCCUGCAGAUGAUUGAAAGCCUAAAGGAGGAGUAUGAGAAGCUGGCUGCUGGACUGGAUGGCGCUCGUGGCCCAAUCUUGGACAAGGUGAAGAAGUUCUCCCCGGCCAGCGGGAAAAUCCCCAUUGUGGAGAAAGCGGAGAUGCAUGCUAAGGAGCUUGGCCAGCUGGCAAAGAACCUAUUCAGUGCCAUUGGUGAUUCAAAUCAGGAUACAUAUAUCCAGAAAGCCAUAAAUGCAUCUAAUGCGUACUCCAGUAUCAUUGAUUCUGUGAAACAAGCUGAGAAGGCAGCAAAGGACGCCAACCGCGCAGCUGGAGAGGCCGUGAAGAGUGUCAUUUCCGAGGACCUGGGCCGAAAGGGCCAAGAUUUGAAGAAAAAGAGCACGCAGCUGGAAGAAACUGCCAAAGAGGCCGAGAGGGAAUUGAGCGGAGAUGUUCUGAAGAAGCUUGAGGAGGCCAGGAAAAACCUUCUGGACACGAGAGAAAAGAAAGCAAGACUUCAGUCUGAUCUCAGCUCUGUGAUCGAGAAACUCGGCAGGACUCGAGAUAACGUCACAGACGAUAUCACAAGCGCCAAGUUUAAGGCAGCCGAGGCCAACGACACAGCCAAUAAAGUAGAAGCCACCUUGACCGACAUAAAGAAGAACCUGGAACAGUGGAAAGAGAAAUAUGGCGGUCUGCAAAAUGAAGAUGUAAACAAAGCCAUGGAGGAGGCAAAAACUUCUGUUUCUAAUUUGGAAAACACAAUACCCCUUCUUCUGGAUAAGCUGAAUAAACUGGAAAAACGUCAAGGCCAGAACGGCAGCAUCUCUGACAGCAUCCAGAGAAUCCGACAUUUGAUCUCUCAGGCUAGAGAUGCAGCUAGCAAGGUCAAAGUCCCUGUGAAGUUUAAUGGUACUUCAGGGGUGCAGCUGAGGACCCCAGAAAACCUGCAUGAUCUGGCCGCAUACACCUCCCUCAAACUGCAUGUCCAGAACUCUAGACCCCAGAACAAGAAGAAGCGUCAGGCUGAAACAGACCAGGGACGCUUUGUGAUGUUCCUUGGGCAUGAUGAUGGUUUGGGAGAUUACCUCGGACUGGUCCUGAAAGGGAACAAGCUGAACUUUGUCUACCAACUGGGAGAUGAGUCGCCCACCUUCCUGACCACCAGCGAGGAGAUCAAGGAGUCCUUUGUCACUGUCAGCAUAGAGCGGAUCCUGCAGUACGGGCAGAUGUCCACCACGGUUUUUUCGAGUCAGAUCUUGCACGAGAAGAAAGGAGACAGCACCGCCGUGGGCCAGCAGGGUCUGCUCAAUCUGGACCCGCAACGUGUGGUGUUCUACGUGGGAGGAUACCCUGAGGAAUUUGUGCCGCCGGAUGCUUUGAAUUAUCCAAGGUACCUUGGAUGCAUUGAAAUGGACACCCUGAACGAGAAGCCAAUCAGCCUGUACGAUUUUGAGAGGACCUUCCAGCUGGACACCACCCAGGAGAAACCAUGUGCCAGAUCCAAAUCCACCAGCGACCCUUGGCUCACAGAUGGGUCGUAUUUUGACGGCACGGGUUACGCAGAAAUAAAGCUAGACACCCUUCUAGGUUCCUCCAAGAGGUUUGAAAUGGACAUCCGUCUCGUCUCAUACAACGGGAUCCUCUUUUUCCUCGAUGCAGAGGAACAGUUCCUGUGUCUGGCGGUUCAGGAAGGAAAACUAACUCUCCACUUCGACAUCGGAGAGGGACUUCAGACGGCCAAGCCUGUGGACUCGUCGUUGGUUCACGUCAGCACUUCCACCGCCAAAGUGGUCCAGGUAAUCUUGGCGGUCAUUGCCGGUAAAAAGAGGAUAUUCGUGCGUCUGGAGAGACUAAACGUGUUUAUGGUGGAGUAUGAGAAUGGUAAACUGGAGUCGGCCCAAUAUUUUUACCUGGGGGGAGUUUCGCCCAACAAGCUGCCUGAUAGUCUGAAGGAGAUGUUCCCGGGAGGAGGCUCUAUCAGAGGCUGCAUGAAGGGCCUCAAAGCUUUGGGGAAAUACGUGGACCUGAAGAGGAUGAACACCACCGGCGUCAGCUAUGGCUGCACGUCAGACCUGCUGAUUGCAAGGGCCGCUCGGUUCCAUGGACAUGGGUUCCUCAAUAUGUCUUUGAAGAACGUGCCCAAUCUUCAGGAGGAUUUCUUCACGGGCUUUGGGUUCCAGACCAGCCAGAGCAACGCACUUAUGUACAGCCACUCUACGGAGGGGGGGUCAUGCCAGGUCUCUAUACAAGAUGGCCACGUGUCUGUGAAAGUCCUCUCAACGGAGCUAACGUCCAAGUCUCUGUAUGCAGAUGGAAUGGGCCAUUAUCUUACCCUGUACAGCAAUAAGGACAAGGUUUGGUUUUACUUGGAUGACCAGCUGCAGGAAACGCGGCAGAUAUCAGGAGUCGGUCAGACGGGCAAACUGGAGGCGGCCGCCAGCACCUUCCUCCUCGGCGGCUUCCCGGAGACGACGGAACCAGGGAAUCUGACCGGGUGCAUCAGUAACGUCUUUGUAAAGAGGAAAUCGGGUCCGCAGACGGUGCUGGAUCUGAUACAGAACCAGCAGAGUCAGAACGUGACUAUGAGCUGCAAGGACCACACGGAGGAUCAGGCACAGGAGAUAAGAGCUUUGCUCAGGAAAGAUAAACUCAAGGCACGGCAGAGGAAGCUGGCGUCGUUGGAACACAAGCAAUCAGAAGAGUCGUCCUGCGUUCUCCCCCAAACUGUGAAGGGGGCGAUGCGAUUUGGGGGAUCUCCCUUCAGCCACCUGGAGUUUGGAGAAAUCCCUGGUUUACUCAGAGAAAGGUUCCACUUCUCCCUGGAUGUCCGGCUGAACGCCUCCCAUGGUCUUAUCUUCUACACGGGCGAUGAGCAACAUCGCUCGUUCCUGGCGCUCUCUGUCUCCAACUCCCGGUUUGUUGUCCAGAUAGACGUCAGAGGAAAGAAAAUCCACGUGACCAGCAAAGACAAGUACAACGAUGGACAAUGGCAUACGGUUUUCUUCGGGAGAGAGAAGAAUAAGCUGCGCCUGGUUGUAGACGGACUGAAAGCAAAGAGCAGGACGCUGCCAUCCGGACUCGUGCUGCCUUUCACACAUUCAGUCUACGUUGGCGGACUCCCAGCCCAGAAAGUCCAACCAGCUAGUUUGGACCCAUCCCUAAGAGGUUUCAGUGGAUGUCUCAGAAACCUGAAGAUGGAUGGAAGACUCCUAAACUCCCCCAACAAAUCCAUGGGUGUCACUCCAUGCUACGAGGGGACCACAGAAAAGGGACUCUUCUUCUCGGACGGGGGAUUCCUAACGCUAGAGAAUUUAAUAAACUUGGGAGAGGAUCUGGAGCUGAAGCUGGAGAUCCGUCCGAUGCGCCCGUCAGGGAUUAUACUCCACUUAGAGACCAAGGAUGGUCAUUAUCUCACGCUCUCUGUGGCCGAAGGAAAGGUCACCGCAGCGGUGAACGUCGGAGCCGGUGAAUAUUCCACGUCGGUGGGAUUCCAGCAGAGUCUGUGUGAUGGACAGUGGCAUACGAUAGCAGUUACAAAAGGCAGGAACGUUAUCCAACUUGAUGUGGACACGGAAGGGAAUCACACCGUGGGAACCAGUCCAUCCCACCCGCUCAGGAGCAAAGGAACGCUCUAUGUGGGCGCCGUACCCGAGUCUCGCCACACCGCCCGGCACCCAGCCGCGCCUUCUCCGCACUCUCAUUAUCACGGCUGCAUGAGGAAUCUCGUCAUCAACCGGACGGCCGUCGACGUCUCUAAAUCCGGCGCGUUUACCGGAUCCGUCGGAGCCAACAUCUGCCCGGCUCUGUGAGGACCGACAGCGGGAAAGGCCCUCUGGACAAGCAGCGCUAAACUGUGCCAGUACUGGGGCGAGGAAUCGGGUGAUAACACAGGGUGACCCCUUUCUGCUCCUCCAGGAACAUGGGUGCUUUAAACCUUAUCUUGGGUUUCCGACUUAACCUCUUCUUGUCUGUGGUUGCACAGUUCUUAUUUGACACCAGUGAUUUAUAUAUAUUUAUAUGCAAAGUAC